CUAUUCGGCGGGAGCAGAUUUAAAACACAACCACAAUGACACCUCCCAUUUAUGACGACCCUUGAGUGGCCACUAUCAUCCGACUUCGUGCCCUAUCCAGGGAUACAAAGGCGAACGCAGUCUAUUAUUCUCCGGUUGCUUCGUGGCUCUGCCACAUCACACCCUCGUCGUACCUUCACCUCCACUUCCGAACCAGGUAGGUUCUAUUCUCCUUGACAUAUCAUUGCAGACAUGCUUCCAUCCUACUUAAAACGUGGAAUUGGCGUGUAGGUACCUCUCAAGUCUCCUUUUAACUCCCAGGAUAUGUGCAUCGUUAUUUCCUCCAUCGACCAGCACCUGAUGUCGCUCCAAUAUUUUGACGCCGGCACUCAAGACGACACAGCACAUGAACUCUCGCACCUCGCCGUGCGGAUCAGCGACCUUCAGUCCGCCCAUGAUGACAUGGCACGAGUUUUAAAGAAUCUCAAGGUCACGGCUGCGCGUAUCCAAAAUUCCAAAGCUCCUGUGUCGCGACUACCUUCGGACGUGCUAUCCUUAAUAUUCGAAGAAUGUCACCAGUCAAACCCUCAGUGGACUGGCGUCCUCUGUCUCCUCGGCCAGCUUCCCAUCGAGGUGCGCUUGUCCCAUGUCUCAAGCCAGUGGCGGGAGGUCGCGCUCGCCACUCCGUCUCUCUGGUCGUCUAUACGAUUCCCGUUCGAACAGAGGGAGGAUUCCCUGAUCGAGUAUCUCGAACGGUCUAGGGGUGGGCUUCUCGAUGUAUACCUAGGGCCCUGGGCCAAAUAUCCCAAUCUGGAACGGGCUUUAACGACAGUGCUUAUACCUCAUCUCCGCCGUUUUCAACAACUCGUCCUAGAAGCCAUUUCACGCGAAACCCUCACCACGUUGCUGAGCGCAUUCCAAGAUCAAUCGGCUCCCGCAUUGCGGCGAUUGAGGGUCAUGUGCAGGGGCACUAUUGUCACACCCGGGCCACUGACGGGAGCCCCCAUUUUCAGCAAAGGAGCUCCCUUACUCACGGACGUCCGUUUGGAUAAUGUCGCAGUUACCCUCCCUAGCCCUGUAGCAACGACGCUAUCCUUUUCCGCUUAUCCUGGGCCUCAGUUUCCCAUGACUAGGGAGGGGUUUUAUCGGACACUGUCAGCUUGUCCGUCCCUUUCCACUCUUCACCUUCGUGGCUUCGUCGAACUUGCCAGUCAAACACCAGUCUUCCCCGUACAUCUUCCCCAUUUACGUGAGUUGAUCGUAAACGGACGUGUGCUUGCCAAUGGGCUCCGUCUCUUCGACAUCAUCUCCGCGCCGAAUGUGGAAAUACUCGUUCUGGAAGACGUGAAAGCCCAUGCCCUCGCCUGGAUUCACCGCUAUAUCGCAUGCGCUUACCCCCAUGCAUUCCAGUCGUUGCACACGCUACGAUAUAUUCGAUGCGAUUUUGGGGGUGUGGAUAUGGACGUACACUUUCUCCGAGCGACGCCGGCGGUCUCGGACCUCGUGCUUUCGGUUGACAGACACAUGCGCCUCAUCCGCUUGCUUACCAACAGCGAUAAACAGGCCGCCGUGUGUGGGUGUCCCCCUAUGUGGCCAAAUCUCCGCACGAUCACAUUACAUACGCAAGGCUACACAGGGAACGUCGUCGGUACGGGUGUACCACUGAACGAGCCAUCUCCAACAAUGGCGCUUAUCCAGGAAUUCGUCGCGUGUCGGAACAUACUCGGUAAACCCAUUUCAGUCCUUCGCUUCAAAGGCCACAACGCUAGCCCGUUCAAUAACGAGUUUCUGUGGGGACUAACCCAAAUGAAGCAGUAUGUCGCCACAGAAGUAGUCCAGAGCCCAAUGCCUGCUAUGCUAGCCGAUGGCGGAUAUGUCGCGGAUUGGGGCGCUUCGGUGGACGCAUACAGUGCACAGCUGAGACAGUUUCUAGCUCAAAUGUCUCUUAUUCGGCAACAGAUAUCACCAGUGCUACCACCGAAUUUUAAUAUCCAGCAUUUACGGCGCAGGUUAGGUGUUCCGACAUAACAUGACGCCCAAGUGAUAUCGGAUUGCACCUUGGGAGGCGAGUAUGUAUUACCCCGAUGUUUAUGAUGUUCGUCACUGCAGAA